AACUUUGACGUGUGUACGUCUGGCAUGGUCUGAGUAAGUUCACAACAAUACUUUACAAAAAUGUCUGUAAUAAAAAAGAAGAAGCAUGUCUCGAAGAAGAAUAAGAAGGCGUGGCGUAAGCACUGUGACAUCAAGGACGUUGAGGACUUUUUAGAAGAUCAACGUUUAGAGGAAAGGCUUGGUAAAUUUGAAGCUAAAACUGACUCUGAAUUGUUUGUGGUGGACACUGUGGGUGAUGAGAAGCCUGAAGUGGUGGAUGUGAAGCCGCUGACAUUGAAGCAGAAGAAGAGAGCCCUCCUCACACAGACACCAAAAUGUUAUGAAAUCUUACUUCCAAAUUCUAAGGUCCAAGAUCCAAAUGCCAAACGUAACCAUGUCAAUCCAGCGGGGACCAAACCUACAGCUUUGAGUAAACUAUCACUAAAGAAACAGUUUGAAAAGGGAGCUUAUUUGAAGAAGGUAGAACUAGCUCGUAAGAAUAGAAGAAUUGUUAGAGAUAAGAAGAGAAGAAUUAAAGAUAUAAGAAAAAUAUUUGAUAAAAACUUAUGGGGUGAGGAUUUGCCGGAGGUAAAAGGUAUUCCGUCCACUUUAUGUGAAGACUUUAUAUCAACGGAGGCACAGCUGCACAAUGUGCUGCCGGAGCAGCGUCUGCGCGCGAAGCCUCCGCCCCCCAAGACAUUAGUCACUCGGCCCGCUGUCGACAAACCUCACCCCGGUGUCAGCUACAACCCUUCAUAUCAGGAGCACCAGCAGCUGCUGCAGGAGGUGGUGCAGCACGAGCGGAAGCUGAUGAAGCAGGAGGCGCAUCUGAAGCGUGUCACCACCAACAUGUUCAGUAGAGUCACGCCGCAUGAAAAGGAGAACCAAUGGCGUGAGGAGAUGAGUGAAGGGUUACCGCAGCCUCACAACCCUGCACUCGCACCGACCACACCCUCCGCACCCUCCGAGGAGUCAGACAACGAGUACAAAGCCAUCAACCCUCCUGUCAAGAAUAAAAAGAAGGACCACAAAGCAAGAAGGAAGCAGAAGGAGAGGAUACAAGAGAGGGAGCGUCUGAAACGGGAGAAGAUAGAUAAAAAGAAGAUCACUGACAUAUACAACGGCGCGGAGCGCUCGCCGCCUCCAAGCUGAUGAUGACGAAGAAGAAGAGAGUCAAGAGUUACUUCAAGCCUGGACACAAGGUCACCGACAGCGAUGUACAGAAAUAUCUCCAGAAGAUGGCCGAGAAGAGAGGAAAGAAGAUGGUCGUCACGAAAUGACAGAGAUUUAUUAAACAAUAAAAAGUAAAAUUAUAAA